UAGAAUUAUGCUCUUUGUAGCUGGCAAUAUAUUCUAUGAAUGACACAUUUUUCUCGGUCGUAUCUACGAGAAAAUAAAUUUCAAUAAUGGUGGACCGUUUAGUGAACAGUGAGGCCAAUGCUCGAAGGAUUGCUAUGGUUGAGAGCUGCUUCGGCAGUUCUGGACAGCCUCUGGCAGAACAAGGCAGGGUCCUUGUGGGAGAGGGUGUCCUGACAAAAAUGUGCCGCAAAAAACCGAAAGCCAGACAGUUCUUUUUGUUCAACGACAUACUUGUUUAUGGGAAUAUUGUUAUCAACAAGAAGAAAUAUAACAAACAGCAUGUUAUACCUCUUGAGGAGGUGAAGCUGGAGUCACUGAAGGAUGAUGGACAACUCCGCAACGGCUGGUUAAUUCGCACCGCGUCCAAAUCAUUCGCUGUGUACGCCGCUACAGCCACCGAGAAAGAAGAAUGGAUGGCCCAUAUAGAAAAAUGUAUAGAAGAUUUGCUAAGGAAAAGUGGCAAGCAACCUCCGUCAGAGCAUGCGGCGGUAUGGGUGCCAGAUAAUGAGGCUUCCAUCUGCAUGCACUGCAAGAAGACACAGUUCACUGUCCUCAAUAGGAGGCACCACUGCCGUAAGUGUGGAUCUGUGGUAUGUGGCCCGUGUUCGUCCAAGCGAUACAUUCUCCGCGGACAGAGCGACAAGCCGCUCCGGGUGUGUCUGCAGUGCUACGACGAACUCAACCGGGAGCGCGCCCGCCCCACCCAGCCACAGCCUGCUAAUAUCACGCCCGUAAAAGACACGGCUGGUUCUGGUGGAGAUUCUUCAGCUGAUGAGGAUAGCGAUGAUGAUGACGACCGCGUCACUGCCGAGGAGAAACACGAUGAGGGAUUUACAAGUUAUAACGGUGUCAAAAAUGGAUAUGGAAAUAGAGUCACCACAGUAUAGUACAGAAUGAGAUUGUCCAAAGUUCUAUGGUGACAGUGAUAAGACUGAAGAGACCAACAACCAUUCGUCCAAGGAUUCCGCUAAGUGAAAAUCUUAUUCAAGAGACCACUGUCCGUCAAAUAAUAAUAACAAACAAUAUAUAAUAUAAACACUUCAUCUAUUGGAUCAGAGUCUUAACCCUGCAAUAAUAUAACCUUUAUUUCCUAGGUACUAUGGCUCAAUUUAGACCCUGAUCUAUAAAACUCCCUAUGUCUAAUUUAAAAGACUACUUUGUACAUUCGAUUUCAUAACGUCCUUCCAAUCACUUCGUGAACGGGAUCAAUUAAUUAGACUUGUGAGUAUUGGUAUCUGUGAUCUAUUUAGAAUUUCUUCCGAAAUUUAAUCAGGCAGCCUAAUCAACUGACUUCAUAAAGUAGGUUAGUAUGAAAAAAUAUUAUUGAUGUUAGUAACCCAGUUGCCUUUUGCUACUAGGGAUUAAAAUCGAUUAUUGCAAUUAACUAUUUGAACUACGAUUUCCAUGAAAAUAGUAUUAAUACUGUGUAAAGUAAAUAAUUAAAAUUAAUUUAAAAAUUCGUAAAACGAUCGUGUGACGCGAUUGAAACCCAAUAUUUGUUUGGACGGUCUCCGAUUUUACCACAAUGGCCUUCGAAUUUUUUACCUUAGGAAGAAUUUGCUAGAAAAAAAUCCUGUAUCAUGGAUUACUUUAGAGAAUCGUAAACUUUUAUACAACAUACCUGACUGUGGUCAAUGAUUUUAAGAACGAAUAAAAUUACUAGAUGUUUCGCUGGACUUGAACAGCUUUAAAGUUAAAACCGCUCAAAAGUGAACUGAGGUGGAGUUUUUUGUUUAGUAUAAAAUCAUAUUUAUUAUUUGAUAGUAAGACAUCAUGGUUAUAAGACGUUUUUAACAAUAUUUAGGCUUAGUCAUGUUAUGUCAACAUAUUAAUAUUUACAUACGUUAUGUUAAGGUUAUUUUAUUGUAAACUUUAUUACGGUCUUAUUAUGUUUGCUUAUUGAUUGUCGCUAUUUCUGUAGUGAAGAAAGCAAGUUUGAAUAAGUUUCUAUGAGUUCUUGAAGAGCUCUGGUGCUUGCUUUGUAUGUCUCUUUAGAGAUAUUGUCAAUUUAAAAUUAUUAUAACUUAACCUCUGAUGAGAUGAAUAUAAAAUGGUAACUUAAAUGCAGUAUUUAGAAUCAAAUGCAAUCCUAAUCCAAUAAAACAUUCGAAUUAACUUGAAGAAGGGUCAUUACAAGGCAUAUUGAACCUUAACAUUUGUUUCAGUGUGUUCAGCAAAAUCUCAGGGCCCUGAAUGUAAUCUAAAGUCCUUUUUUAAAUAGCUACGCUUGAUAACAUAGAAUUUAUAGUGAAGUCAUGUAUGAAAAUGUUCCUUCCAUUCUUGAUAACUUGCUUUCUUUUUAUCUACUUACGGCGGCAAAACGUUGUAAGAAUUAUAAAGAUUGGGAUACUUAGCCGCAUCUUGGAAAUGUAUUAAGGUACAAAUAUUUGCAUUUUGUCCAACGUUAGUAUAUUCUCUACAUUUCUUAGCGGUCUACAAUUUUUAUAAGAUACACAGUAAAGGCCUAGAAUUUAUACUAAAAGGGAAAUUGGGGAAUAACAUUUUUUUAUGUAAUUGUUGUUUAUUUAAAUUGUUUAACCUUCGCUUGUUUUUCUAUGCAAGUUUUGUACGUGCCCGUACAGGUAUAAAAGACAAAAUUAUACUCGAAAUCUACAACCGUGUGAUGUUUGCGUCCACUAUGCAAGGAUGUUCUAACAUUCGUUGCAUAACAUCUAAGUCGCAUCACAUUUCAUUAAAAUGUAUACAAUCCAAACUAAUUAUAGAUUUGUAUGUAUAUCAGAGUUCUAGUAUAUAAGAGGUGCAUUAAGUUUGUUUCAGUGCGAAACACGGUUUUUAUGUUUAGGUAUUUAACACGAAGCUUGCAACACCAUCUGUAACGUUAAGCGAUUCGUAAAGAAAUUAUUUAUUAAUUUAACAUAGGCCUAAAUGUUAAACGAUUUACACAAGUUGUGUUAAUUCCCGUAAUACUAGUAAGUGAAAAUUAUGUUAAUAAGAUAUUGUUUAAUUUUCAGUUGACAAAUAUAAUAUUUUUUAAAAUUA